CACGACCUCUCCGAAUCCGAUUUUGGAUACACGCCGACGGCGGUGCAGAUUUGCCACCAGUUUGAAGAGGGAACUGAAGAGUUCAAAUAUUUAUUUGGUUCAACAUUACUUUGAAUAUUCUAGAGCAUAAAUGAUGGCGUCUCCACUGAGCGGGCGAGAACUGCAGGCGCUGGACGGCUUCCUGGCGACGCGCAGCUACCUGUGCGGCGCGCGGCCCGGUCGGCUGGACGGCGAGGCGCGCGCGCGCGUGCCGGCCGCCGCGCUGACGGACGAGGUGCCGCACCUGCGCCGCUGGUUCGGCCACCUGAGCAGCUGGCUGCCGGCCGAGCUGACGGCGCCGCCGCCCGACGGACUGACCCUGGAGCGGGCGCUCAGCGCCGGCAGAGAGGAGGCACGACAACAGCUGGACGGUGAGCUGCAGCGGCUGGCCGCCCUCCGAGCCCGCCUCUGCUCCGGGGACGCCUCAGAUGGCGACGUCAGCGGCGCUUCUAACACCGGAAAGCAGCGCCAUGAGAGCUCCCGGUCAGCCGGCGCCGGCGGCAAACUCAUCCUCAAGACGGCCAAGGGCACGCGCGACUUCCAGCCGGCCCAGAUGGCACUGCGGGAGCGUGUGUUCGCCUCCAUUGUGGAGACGUUCAAACGCCACGGCGCCGAGACCAUCGACACGCCCGUGUUUGAGCUCAGGGAAGUGCUCACAGGCAAGUACGGCGAGGACAGUAAGCUCAUCUACGAUCUGAAGGACCAGGGUGGCGAGAUCCUGUCGCUGCGCUAUGACCUGACCGUGCCGUUCGCCCGCUACGUGGCCAUGAACAAGAUCAGCAGCAUCAAACGCUACCAGAUCGCCAAGGUGUACCGUCGCGACCAGCCGUCGCAGGCGCGCGGCCGAUACAGAGAGUUCUACCAGUGUGAUUUCGACAUAGCCGGCUCGUACGACCCGAUGGUGCCGGACGCCGAGUGUGUGCGCAUCGUGUCCGAGAUCCUCGAGUCGCUGCAGCUGGGCACGUUCGUGGUGAAGGUGAACCACAGACAGAUCCUGGACGGCCUGUUCGAGGUGUGCGGCGUGCCGCCAGACCAGUUCCGCAGCAUCUGCUCAGCCGUCGACAAACUGGACAAGAGUCCAUGGGAGGAGGUGAAACGUGAAAUGGUGGAGGAGAAGCACCUGGCGCCAGAGGUGGCAGACCGGAUCGGCCACUACGUUAAGUUCUCGGGCGGCCCGGAGCUGGUGGACACCCUGCUGAAGGACGCAGCGCUGGCGGCCAACAAGAACGUGUCGGCCGGUCUGGAGGCGAUGCGCGCCUUCCUCGGCUACUGCGCGCUGUACGGUGUCGGCGGGCGGGUCAGCUUCGACCUCAGUCUGGCCCGCGGCCUCGACUACUACACGGGCGUCAUCUAUGAGGCCGUGUUAGAAGGCGGUGACGUGGGCAGCAUCGCCGGCGGCGGCCGCUACGACGGCCUGGUGGGCAUGUUCGACCCCAAGGGUCGCUCGGUGCCCUGCGUGGGCGUCAGUAUCGGCAUCGAGCGGCUGUUUGCCAUCAUGGAGGCGCGGGCUGACAAGGCCGACCAGAAGGUGCGCACCACGGAGACGGAGGUGUACGUCUGCUCGGCGCAGAAGGGGCUCAUGAACGAGCGGAUGAAGCUGCUGACCACACUGUGGGACGCCAACGUCAAGGCGGAGCAGUCGUACAAGAAGAACCCGAAGCUGCUGCAGCAGCUGCAGUACUGCGAGGACCACGGCGUGCCGUUCGCAGUGAUCCUCGGAGAGAGCGAACUGCAGCGCGGCGUGGUCAAACUGCGCCACGUGGCCACACGCGAGGAGACAGAGGUACAGCGGGACCAGCUCGUGGAGGUGCUGCGUGCGAAAUUAGCCGCCCUCGGCUGACCGGCUGCCGCCGCCCGGCCCGCCCGAUCCAGACCAAAGGCCGCGUCCACGCCCUGUGAUGAUCCAGCGCAAUGGAAGAGUCCGCAGUCGGCUCUUCACGCCUUGAAACGAUAGUAAUUUAUUGCGGUUGGUUGUUUUUUUCGCGCGUGGAGGUGCUUUUUUACCCGCGUGCUGCGGUUGACAGCGUCCUGAGCCCGGUACGAAGUGUAGUCAGUCAGUGAUGUUCGACAUUACGGGAUGCGGCGCUGAGAUUGUCUGUGGCCUGUGUGGUGUGUUUGAUACAGAAGCGCGGUGGAGUGCGCUGUGUGUUCCUUGUGCUCUGUGUGCGUCGAUUUGUGUGAGUGCUCGGCUCGGCUCCGGCGCCGCCCCGAAGGCGGGAGGGGGUCGCCCUCUGAUCCCGGCGGCGUUGUUCCUUGCCGCCGCGGGGACUGGGUGGGCACAGACGGCUCGGUGGCCAGCAUUCGGCCCAUCGGUAACAUCACGCGACGAAAUACAGCCCGCAAUGGGACCGAG